UCAAUCCUGUGAAUUGUGCCAGGAGAGGUUGGAUUAAUGUUGAAAUGGACACUAUAGCUUGUGAGGCAUGUGGAGCACGCCUUCUUUUUUCUACUCCUUCAUCGUGGUCGCUGCAGCAAGGAUUUAUUUAGUUGGACAAUCAGCUGGUGCACAUAUUGCAGCUUGUACCCUCUUAGAUCAAACCCUGAAAGAAAGUGGGGAAGGAGAAAAUGCAACUUGGAGUGUCUCCCAAAUAAAAGCAUAUUUUGGUAUAUCUGGCGGUUACAACCUUCUGAAGUUGGUUGAUCACUUCCACAGUCGUGGUCUCUACCGUUCCAUCUUUCUCAGCGUAAUGGAGGGGGAGGAAUCCUUGAGGCGCUAUUCCCCUGAAGUUGUGGUACAAGAUCCACAUGUUAGACAUGCUGCUUCUCUUCUGCCUCCUAUAAUCUUGUUCCAUGGAACGGCGAUUAUUCUAUACCUUGUGAUGCCAGAAGCUCUUACACUUAAUGCUGGUGUUGAAACUAAACUAGUCUUGUACAGGAAAACUCAUGCUGCAAUCUUUUUAUCAGGUAGAUGGCUGCUUUUUAGUGCUGUUGCUGUACUACAGUUGUCAAGCCUUUCAAUUUUCCUGUUAAUUAGAUGCAACCAUGGUAAUGAGAUCAAUUCUGUUUCACUUUUAGUGUUUUUGAAUUUGCCUUGUUGCCACAUAUGCACUGGUCUUCCAGGACUUGGUAGCAACAUUUUGGUAGAAUCAAAAUCAGUAAGAAAAGAAGUCUAUAAGCAUGAACUGAAAGUUGAUAUGUUUUGGCUUGAGGAUCCUCCUCUUAGAGGUGGCAAAGAUGAGCUGCUGGAAGAUAUAAUUUCUGUAAUUCAUGCUGGUGAUACAGUUGCUCUUGCUGAAGAUGCAGUGGCAUGCCCAACACGGCGCCUUAUCCCUGAAUUCAUGAUACAGUAA